AUGCCUGAAUACGUGUGAGUAGAGUCACCGCAUCAGCUUGAACGUUGUCUGAAUGCCUUGCCUCUUCUGCAACCCGCUUGCAGCAAGGUCGCUACUUGCUCCCUGAACCAGUGGGCUUUGGACUUUGAUGGGAAUAAGGAUAGGAUAUUGAGCUCUAUUAGGAGCGCAAAGGCGCAGGGAGCGAGGAUCAGGCUGGGACCGGAAUUGGAGAUCCCGUGAGCAGGUAUGAUAGGAGUCGAUGGGGCAAGAGAGCAGAGCGAGGCUCGGGCAGAGUGCUGAUUCGUACGCGCUGUUCAUCCUUGACGGCCCCCUCGUUGGACUUUUGCAGCGGCUAUGGGGUGAGUUGUGGGCACAAACCAUCCGCAUACAUGCUCUUCAACGCCGUCUUGCUGAUUCAGCAUCAUCAUCUCGCGACAUGCUCAAGUGCUUCGAUCACUUUCUCGAGCAAGACACGACGCUUCACAGCUGGCAGGUGCUGAGGGAACUCCUCCAGAGCGAUGCGACCGAUGACGUAAUUGUGGAUACCGGCAUGUGAGCGUAGGGAACGGAUUUGGGAGAGCAUUUCGUGAUGCCCAACUCACACUUCCUGUCGCACCUUGCAGGCCGGUGCUGCACCGCUCCGUGCUUUACAAUUGCCGCGUGCUCAUCCACAAUCGACGCAUCCUCCUCAUCAGACCCAAAAUGUGGCUGGCAAACGAUGGCAACUACAGAGAGAUGAGGUACUUUACCCCCUGGACGCGCAGAGGCGAGACGGACGAGUUCGUGCUUCCAGAGAUCAUCAGGUCUCUCUCUGGACAAGAGACUGUGAGGUUUGGCGAUGCGGUGGUGCAGACUCGCGACACUUGCAUUGGUGUAGAGCUGUGCGAGGAACUUUUUACGCCGGAUAGGUGGGUGUUCACGUCGCGAAGAGGAGGCCUCCUGAGCGAAUACUGUGCUCACUCUUUCUGCACACACAAGCCCUCACAUCGCCCAAGGCUUGGAUGGAGUCGAAAUCUUCCUCAACGCUUCUGCGAGCCAUCACGAGCUGCGCAAAUUGUCGACGAGGGUGGAGCUGAUCAGAGAAGCGACGCUCAAGGUAAGUGCGCGCGUCGACCUCGCCCAUGGGAGAGCACUUCUGAGGCAACUAAGUCGCGCCUGGCAGCUUGGGGGCGUGUAUCUGUAUGCGAACCAGCAAGGUUGUGAUGGCGAUCGGCUGUACUAUGACGGAUGUCCCCUCAUUGCAGUCAACGGCUCUCUGGUAAGCCAAGGUACGCAAUUCAGUCUGCAGGAUGUACAGGUCAUCUCUGCUACAGUAGAUCUGGAGGAGGUCAGAGCCUGCAGGAGCGCAAAGUCGAGAGGCAUGCAAGCCGCCUCGAGAAGUCAAACGCAUCAACAGGGGCAAGGUUUCGAGAGGAUUUUCGUAGACUUUGAAGUGUCCAAGAACACGAGCGAGGCAUUGCUCUCUGAGCAUCCCAGCAAAUCUAGAGAUCCAUUCUACCAUCUUCCAGAGGAAGAGAUCGCGUGAGCAGAUGUCUGCACGCAUGCACACUGCCCAGGUUUGAUGCUGACGAACACUGACGGCGCAUCGGACAACAGCUUGGGCCCCGCCUGCUGGCUUUGGGACUACCUUCGGCGAUCUCGAACUCAGGGAUAUUUUAUACCAUUGAGCGGAGGCAUAGAUUCUUGUGCGACGAGCGUCAUCGUGUUCAGCAUGUGCAGACUAGUGUACGAGCAAGCGGCGUUGCCAGACAAGAGGCGCACCUACACCAAAGAACAAGUAGACACAUCAAAGUUGGUGCUUGAAGAUUUGCGAAGGAUCGUGGGAGAGAAAGAGGAAAGCGAUUGGAUUCCUGCUUCUCCUCAGGAUGUCUGCAACAGACUUUUCGUGACUUGUUACAUGGGCACGAGUAAUAGCAGUGUCGAUACGAGGAGUAGAGCAAAGCAGCUGGCGCUGGCGAUCGGCUCGUGAGCGGAUCCGGGGCAAUCUCUUAAAGCGCGCAGCUGCGUCCGCUGAAACGCAUCGCUUCUUCGCCAGGUACCACAUCGACCUGAACAUGGAUCUCAUCAUCACUGCCAUCGUUCAGCUCUUCACACUCGUCACGAGCAAGACGCCCCGCUUCAAGGUGCAUGGAGGAAGCUCUGCGGAGAACUUGGCGCUUCAAAACAUUCAAGCUCGAUUGAGGAUGCUGCUGGCGUACCUCUUUGCGCAAUUGACUCCCUGGGUGCGAGGUCAGAGUGGUAGUCUGCUGGUAUUGGGCAGCGCCAAUGUCGAUGAGAGGUGAGUCAAGGUAACGUUUCAUGUUUCGUGUCGACGAAGUUCUGACUGCCCCCUGCGUCGCGUCUCGCACAGCUUGAGAGGCUAUCUGACAAAGUACGACUGUUCAUCCGCGGACCUCAAUCCCAUCGGAGCGAUCUCCAAGACGGAUUUGAAGCGCUUCAUCGCAUACGCGACAACAGCUUUCGACUUGGCCGUGCUGCAAAGCUUCCUGGACGCUGUGCCUACGGCCGAAUUGGAGCCCAUCACUGCCGAUUAUGUCCAGGCCGAUGAGGUGAGCUGACGUGCGAUCCAUUUGCACGAUCAUCUCUAGACUGACUGCUUCUUACUCCAUCUGGUCAAGGCUGACAUGGGAAUGACGUACGACGAGCUGUCGAUUUUCGGCAAGCUUAGAAAGGUGUCAAAAUGUGGACCGUGGAGCAUGUUCAGCAAGCUGGUGGUCGAGUGGAAAGACACUCAUUCGCCCACGCAGGUGGCCGAAAAGGUGAAACUGUUCUUCUUCGAGUAUGCUAGAAACAGACACAAGAUGACGACCAUCACGCCUAGCUAUCAUGCUGUGAGUCGUGAAGCGGCGACGUCGACGUCGAGAAUAGGUGGCUCACGUGCCUCUUUGGCUUGCGAAUGCAGGAGUCAUACAGCCCGGAUGAUAACCGUAAGUACAGAGAGAGGUGCGCUUCGCUGCUAGCUGCUGACUUCUACUGUCAUUGUCUUCUCGCUGCACGCCAUCGCUGCACAGGCUUCGAUUUGAGGCCGUUCUUGUAUCCAGCCAGAUUCCCGUUCCAGUUCAGGUUGAUCGAUCAGCUCUUGGCGAAGCUGCCCGAUCGGGGUCGGAAUGGAAGGGUAGUGCAAUGA